GGUGUAAACAUGGGGCCGGUGGCGCCGGGUGCGCACGACCAACAACACGCCCGGGAUAACCUCACACGGCUGCCUCCAUCUGCUCAGCCGCCCUUUGCUCCUCUGCCUGUCUCUUCGUCUACUGUCGCGAGUUUCUUUUCCAAGCUUCUCAAACAGUCUCGACUGGUGACUUUAGAACCUGAAACCGCACCUAGCUACUGUUCCCCAACCAAGGCGUCACUAGCCAAAGACCUGCGUGUUGAGAUGGCAACAAAGGAGAACGUUCCACCGGUGGGCUCGCCGCAAUGGUAUGGGAGCACAGUCUCCUCCUCGUUGAGCGAUGUAACGCACGCAAGCCGACACAGUACCCCCAAGCGCACAGUCCAGCGCACACUCACCCCCAUGAACACACCCGUGGAAGCUUCAAUGUACAGACCGACCUCUGUGCAGGCCAACACGCUUGGACUGACUGCUGACGGUGAUGGCGUGGAUGACGAACCUCUACGGCGCCCGCUCAGCGAGAUGAGCAAAGCUGAGGUAAUGGCUCGUCGGCGCGAGAGCAAGACGAAGAGUCCUUGUCCUUCCAAGACUUCCCAUUCCGGCAAGGGUAUCGCAGCCACAAAGAACCCAGCCCCGGCCACAGCACAAGGGGACUGUGUCCACAAGACACGGUCACCCAAGACCACCACGUCCCAUCCCGUGCCAUCCUACGCCGCGCCCACCAGCGCCAGCCGCGCUUCGGCGACCCCGAGCGUGAGGCGAACAGCAAAGAGUCCCGCGACACCUGCAUCUCCGAGCAAGCUUCCUCGGCGUUCGCCCGGAAAGCCUGUUGUGCGCAGCCGACGCAACACAUUGACAAAGACCCCCAAAGGCCUUCGCAUCAGCACCACGUUCAAAACCCCGCCAUCCAUCUCUGAGAAGGAAACGGCGUGCCGCCGUAUCGAGGCGUGGGCGCUGGCAACUGCCGUCCCGCCGAGCCCACGGCGACGAAGCUCAGCCAACCCUGCCCCGCGGGACCCGUUCAACUUCCCAUUGAGCCCCAAGCUUCCGAGAGAACGCACACGCAAGGCUGUGGAGCAUGCGCGGGCUAAACUUGCCGGAGACAAGGCCGCGAUGCUCGGAGCCAAAGCCGUCCUUGAUGCAGGAAUCAAGAACGGCGACAGCCCCGGGACUUUGCGCACUGCAGGCCUUAGGGAGAUUGGGUACAACGACACGCCGCGGCGCACCGCGCAUAUGGCGAACCCAUCCGUGAGCACGCCCACCCAACGCGCAAUUUCAACACUCCACACGAAGGCGGGCACCAAGCGGGAGGCACGCGCGCUUCUCAAGGCCAGCCGCAACCGCGUGAACGGGGACGCGGCAGAUAUCAUUGCCGCUGCGCAGGUGGUGCUGGGUGGCGCGGUCAAAGAUCUUAAAGAGUCACGAUCACCGACAGCCAUACCCUUGCCACUGGCGCCUCAAAUCUCAGAGCCUGACCCGGUCUGCUGCAAAUGCCGCAGUAGCUUUGGGAUGGAUGUCAACGCCUCGGGCACUUUCACCCCGUCUGAAAAAAUACUCAUCCCUGCCAGUCCCCCGCGGUCGUUUCUCACUCCUCCCUUUCUUGCCGACAUGGGAUCUUUAGCGGCCCAGCUUGCGCGUCGCCGCGAGAGCCUCACGCCUGUCGCCCCGAGCUUGCCGCCGAGUGCGCUCAGCGCACCGUCACCAUCUAGUACCGCUCCUCCCAGCAAGACGAUGUCUAUUGCGCCCACCACUGAACCCACAUCAAUGCAGGCAGUGCUGCACGCCACACCCGCCAUGCUGCAGGCCGCUGCGCAGGGGCUGAAGCACAUCGAGUGCAGAGGAUCCCGCCCCCACUUCCGCUGCCAGCCCACCCACACACUCACACUCGGAGACAGCCUCGCCUUCACGCUCAGAACAGAUCACGCCGAGGCGGACGAUAGCAGGGAUGCUGGCGCCGGCUGA